UCACAUUCGACCCGGAAGUGAACAGGAGAAGUAUCAUGGCGGAGGCGGACGGUGGGAGUGCGCGGUCUGUGUUGCCGUAUCUGUGCGAGGCCGAGCUGAUUAAACAGGGCGCGGAGGCGCGCGUGUACCGGAUCCGGUUUUUAGGGAAGAACGCCAUAGUGAAGGAACGGUUCCCCAAACGGUACCGACACCCCGUGCUGGAUGAGAAGCUCACGCGCCGCCGGACGGCUCAGGAGGUCCGGUCCAUCCUGCGCUGCCGAAAAGCGGGUAUCGCAGCUCCGGUCGUCUACUUCGUCGAUCUCGGCUCCAACUGCAUUUUCCUGGAGGAGAUCACUGACUCGAUCACGGUGCGCGAGCACGUCGCAGCCGCUCAGGCUUCCGGACAAUCCGUCGAGUCUAUGCACCCCCUCGCUGAGAAAAUGGGCCGGAUCCUGGCUAAGAUGCACGACGAGGACGUGAUCCAUGGAGACCUCACCACCUCCAACAUGCUGCUGAAGCCAGACCGCUCCGGAGAUCUCGAGCUGCUGCUCAUCGACUUCGGCCUGAGCUUCGUCUCCGCUUUAGCCGAGGAUAAAGGCGUCGACCUGUACGUGCUGGAGAAAGCUUUUCUCAGCACACACCCAAACACAGAGACUCUGUUCCAGAAACUUCUGCAGAGUUACACUGCUGCGUCCAAAAAAGCUCCAGCGGUGAUUAAGAAACUGGACGAGGUCAGACUCAGAGGGAGGAAACGCUCCAUGGUGGGAUAAAAGGAAGAAAACCUAACCAGCAGUAAUGCACUGUGCUGUGGUCAUGUGACUGUUUUGUAAAUAAAGAUCUUAUUUUUUUGGA